AUCCGCUAGUGUGUUAGAAUGGCUGUGUCUGGGAUUGUUGUCGUUAUGUGUAGGCUGUUGCAGUUUAUGUGCUGACAUCUUAGUUUCAAAGAAGGGUGACGAGAAAAAGAAGAAAUGACGUGGUGAAGCAGGAGAUAUAGUCCUCUGGUCUUGGUCCCUCUAAGUCUGACAUUUCUUUCAGGCUCCCCCUCUCUUAUAGACCCCCUAGCCAUGACAGCCCUUUACAGGCCUCUGCUGAAGAAGGACCUUAUUCAGUUGCACCCUUCCAGUAAACAAACGUGAAAGUGAAGCUGCUUAGCUCCAGUUGUGUGACUUUGCUGAGUCCUCCUAAAGGAAGGCCUGACUAGCAGAGAUCAGCAGCACAAUGGCCAGCCCAGCAGCAAGUCCCAGCUCAUCUUCCCUAGAUGCUCCUUCCUCCAUAACAUCUGAGACAGCUAUGUCACCUUCAGACUCUGAGAAUCUGAGUCCAGAUGAGCUGGAACUCCUGGCAAAACUAGAGGAGCAGAACAGGUUGUUAGAGGCUGAUUCCAAGUCCAUGCGUUCUAUGAAUGGUUCCAGACGGAACAGCGGCUCUUCUCUGGUUUCUAGUUCUUCUGCCUCCUCAAAUCUCAGCCACUUGGAGGAAGACACCUGGAUCUUAUGGGGGAGGAUUGUCAAUGAAUGGGAGGAAUGGAGAAAAAAGAAAGAAAAACUUUUAAAGGAACUAAUCAGGAAAGGAAUUCCUCAUCACUUUCGUGGAAUUGUGUGGCAGUUGCUGUGCAAUGCCACAGAUAUGCCUGUGAAAAACCAAUACUCUGAGCUGCUGAAGAUGUCAUCACCCUGUGAGAAACUGAUCAGGAGGGACAUUGCCCGGACAUACCCAGAACAUGAGUUCUUCAAAGGGCAGGACAGCCUUGGGCAGGAGGUUCUUUUCAAUGUCAUGAAGGCUUACUCUCUUGUUGAUCGGGAGGUUGGAUAUUGCCAAGGCAGUGCAUUCAUUGUUGGAUUAUUGCUGAUGCAGAUGCCAGAAGAAGAAUCUUUCUGUGUUUUUGUCCGACUGAUGCAGGAGUAUCGAUUACGUGAACUUUUUAAACCUAGUAUGGCUGAGCUGGGUCUCUGCAUUUACCAGUUUGAAUACCUACUGCAGGAGCAGUUACCAGAACUGAAUGUGCACUUUCGUUCUCACAGUUUCCAUACCUCCAUGUAUGCCUCCUCUUGGUUCCUUACACUAUUCCUCACUUUCUUCCCCUUGCCUGUGGCAACAAGGAUAUUUGACAUCUUCAUAUAUGAGGGCCUUGAAAUUGUGUUCCGAGUGGGCAUGGCUAUACUGCAGUUCAACCAGACUGACUUAAUGCAGCUUGAUAUGGAAGGAAUGUCACAGUAUUUUCAAAAGGUGAUUCCUCACCAGUUUGACAGCUGCAUUGAUAAACUGAUUUUGAAGGCAUACCAAGUGAAGUAUAACCCCAAGAGGAUGAAGAGGUUGGAAAAGGAAUAUGCAGCAAUUAAAAACAAAGAGAUGGAAGAGCAGAUUGAGAUCAAAAGACUUCGGACAGAAAAUCGUCUACUGAAACAGCGAAUUGAAACACUAGAGAAGGAAAGUGCUGCUCUUGCAGACAGACUGAUCCAGGGUCAGGUAACAAGGGCACAGGAAGCAGAAGAGAAUUAUGUCAUCAAGCGGGAGUUGGCAGUGGUGCGGCAACAGUGCAGCUCGGCAUGCGAUAGCUUGCAGAAGGCUCAGAGCACAAUCCAGCAGCUGCAGGAUCUGAAGACUAAUCCCCGUUAUACAGAGGAGUUUGUAUCCCACCUAGAAAUGGAGUUAGAGCAGUCACGACUGAGAGAAGGGGAAACAUUAAGUGCACUUAAAGAGAUGCAAGAUAAAGUUCUUGAAAUGGAAAAGAGGAACAGCUACCUGCCAGAUGAGAGCAAUAUAAUUCGGUUGCAGGAGGAACUGCAGGCAGUGAAACUCCGUGAAGCUGCAGCCAUAGCCUCACUGAAGGAGCAGGAGAAGCAGGUGAAAGAACUUCAGGAGCGCUUUCAGGCAUUCACAUCACGAAAUACAGGGCGAUGGAAAGAGUCUCCCAAGAAGAAUGCAGUCAAUGACCUCCAGGAUGAGCUAAUGGCAGUGCACUUGCAGGAAGCCCAGGCUCAGGCUGACAUUAAAGAGCUCAAACUACGAGUUUUGGAUCUGGAAAGUCAGAACCAAAUAAAUAAGAAUCUGCUGAACAGAACAGAGCAAGAUUGUACAGGACUACAGGAGAAAUUGCAUUACAUCACCGCACAGAACAAAGGUCUUCAGACACAGUUGAGUGAAACAAAGCGCAAACAUGCGGAGUCUGAGUGCAAGAGCAAAGAAGAAGUAAUGGCAGUACGUCUUCGAGAAGCUGAUAGCAUGGCAGCUGUAGCAGAAUUACGGCAACAGAUAGCUGAGCUGGAAAUUCAGGCUGCAUUUCGUGAAGAGGGCAGGAUCCAAGGUCAGCUGAACAACUCCGACUCCUCUCAGUAUAUCCGAGAGCUCAAGGACCAUAUAUUAGAGUUAGAAACAGAGAUCAGACUGUUCAAAGGACAGAAACGCUUUGAAAACCCUAUAACAUUUGAUGGAAUCCACAUUGUUAACCACUUAGAAGAUGAUGACUCCAUCCAUUCAUCAGAUGAAGACCUUUUACCAAGCCCCAUGGUAGUAGGUGGGCUACAAGACAGUCUAUAUUCACUUUCCACUGGGGAUGCACACUUCUUGAGGGUCAUAGAUAACUCUGGGAAGGACAGUGAUGGAAGCACAGACAGUGAACAAGAAGACCGGAACUCUGCCGCAGAACUGGAUUCAGAGACUGACCAGUCAAGUGUGUGCCCAAAAAGCUUUGACAACUAGGAUUACACUGAGUUAUCUCACUCCAUUUAUGCAGAACCACUCCACAGCCUUGUUAUUAAAGCCAAGGGUGAAACUGUCUUGGCCAAAAUAAAUACACUACCAGUUGUAGUAGGACAUACACAUUUUAGCACUGCCCUCAGUAGGUACUGCCAGCAACACUUUUCAAUUGUCUAUUUCUUAUUGUAGCCUAGCCUCUUAGCCAGAAUGGCUAGCACUUUUAAGCCUUUAAAAAAAUAAAGGUGUAGACUAAAGACAGUUUUUAACUGAACUUCAGUUACUAGCAAAAAAUGAGUAUGUUCAGCUAUGUGGCUGAAACAUUCAGCACUAUUGCUAGCCGUAUUGCAAUAUCUAGAUACAGAAUACCUGUAAAAUCCAUUCAGUGUUGUUUUAUACAGCAACAGCAACUAGAAAACAAGCUGUGGUGUCCUACAUAUCUUAAGCUGUUCUUAAUAGACAUUUUUUUAUUAUUUUACUAACAGCUGAUAAAAAAUGGUGUUACUUUUAAAAGUCAUUUUGUUGAGAUGACACGUCUUAGGGGUCAGGCUGCAAGAAAUUGAGAACUGUAUUUUUCCAGUAGUAGAACACACACAAUUUCAGUGGUAAAAGGUGUCCAAAGUAAUGUUACAUUUACAAUAAAAAAUGAGUUAAAAGUUACUGUAUGUGGCUAAAGGGCAAAGCUGGUAACAACUGCAUUCUGUAAUGUUGUAUGUUUGGUAAAAAAAUACAGUUAAACUGAUUUUAUGCUUUAAGAGUUGUGCUGGAAAUAUUUGUUUUCACCAGGUGUCAUAUAGAAGACUGAGCAAGUUAAAUCAGAAACUGCAGUGUGUGCCUUCUGUGGUUUGAAGCUGCAGAGUUAGAGAAGGAGGUAUUUUUUGUUGCAUUUCUUUUGCAACAUCCCAAAGGUCAAUUCAGCAGAAAAUGUUGUAGAUAGUCACUAAUUUAUAGGUAGCACUUCCAUUGCAUUGUAAUAGCACUUUUUAUUUCUGUAAAGUGUAUAUAAGUAUCAGAUCUGUGGUGACAUUUAUUUAUUGUGUCCUGGUCUUUCUCAGGUGUAUGGCUUAUGAAGAGGUUCAUUUGCCUUGUUAAACUACAUAUAGGUGCAACAUGGCAACUAUGAACCUUUUCAUUGUAUUUUAUUUUAAUAAUUUUUUGAAUCUUUGAUUAUGGUCAUUCCUGAUGAGAUGAAAAAGAAAAACCAGGAAUUUCUACAAAGCAGCAAAACGAAUUUGAAAAGUAAAAGUAUAUUUACAGGUGUUUGAAAUAUGCCCAAAUUGGGCAUAACUGUGUUUAUGUCAAACACUUUGAUACAGAGUGUUCCUGCCAAACUUUGCUUUUGUAAUUUUUUUCAAAACGUAUAUUAUGAGAAAACCCAGAUGAAAAUGAACCAACUGUCUGGAAUGCUUCUUGUUACACUGUGUGCCAAAAAAAGUUAAAGAAAGGCUGUCAUUGUGUGGUCUCUUAUAUUGUUUUAACAAUACAAUCUAACAUGAUAACAAUGUUUGAAGUAGUAAAAAGACAAGUGUAAGAUUUUAAGUGUUAACGUUCAUGUUUUUUAUCUUCUUCACAUACCCAAUUGUUAACUUACAUUUGCUUAUGGUUUACAUGCCAUGGCUUGUAAGAUUUCCACUAGUAACAAAAAAAAAAAUACAAGGAACUCUGUAUGUUUAUUUUACUGGUGGGUGAAAUAAAUGGCUUUUUUCAUUCCCA